GGCCGGAUCGGAAGGAGCCGGGUGUCGCGAGAGCUGCUGCGUUGGCGGAAGGACCGGGAGCGGGGCACCGGAAGCAGUUGCGUCCCUUCUCCGGCACCGAUGGGCGGGGGAGCGCCGAGUGCGUGAGCGGCGCCUGUGCUCGUUUUCCGCGGCGCAAGAUGGCGGACCUGUCCCUGGACGAGCUCAUCCGGAAGCGCGGCGUGACGGUGAAGGGCCGAUUGAAUGCCAGGCCAGGGAUUGGAGGCAUUCGGUCUCGCAUUGGGCUCCCGCAGACCCUCCUGAGUCGGCCAGCACCAACUUCAGGUUUCCAACAGACGUUCGAUGCUCGGCAAAAGAUCGGCCUCACGGAUGCCAGGCAGAAGUUGGGAGUCAAAGAUGCCCGGGAGAAACUUGUGCAGAAAGAUGCUCGUUUUCGGAUCAAGGGGAAAGUGCAGGAUGCCCGGGAGAUGCUGAACUCCCGGAAACAUCAGAUUGUGGCACCAGAGAAGGGGACCAAAGUGGCCGAUGCUCGGGAGAAGAUCAGUUUGAAAAGGAGCUCACCCGCAUCCUUGCUGAGGCCAGCCGCCAGCACUCUGCCUCCUACCAUGAAGAUCACCAAAACUAUCCAGCAGAAGGCCGCCCUCCCAAUUCCUCCUCACCCAGCUGGAAUGAGAAUCAACGUGGUCAACAACCAUCAACAUAAACAGAGCCCGUACGACGUAGAUGAAGACGAUGAAGCUACCCCGCCCAUAGCCAACAAACAGAUGAAGGUCACCUCCACCCCCAGCUUCCUGCAGCACAUGGCGGGGCUCAGUGGCUCCAAGUUCUCCUUAUCCAAGACCCUUCCUCUCACCAAAGUUGUCCAGAAUGACACGUACACAGCCCUUCCUGCCCCGCCUUCCCCUCUACGGACAAAAGCCUUGACCAACAUGUCCCGGACCCUGGUGACCAAGGAAGAACCCCCCAAAGAGAUGCCCCCUGCUGAGCCUAUCUUUAGCCCGCUGGAAGGUACCAAGAUGACUGUGAACAACCUGCACCCUCGAGUCACCGAGGAGGACAUUGUUGAGCUUUUCUGUGUGUGUGGGGCCCUCAAGCGAGCCCGCCUGGUCCAUCCCGGGGUGGCGGAGGUUGUGUUUGUGAAGAAAGAAGACGCCAUCACCGCCUAUAAGAAGUACAACAACAGGUGUCUGGAUGGGCAACCAAUGAAAUGCAACCUUCACGUGAACGGCAGCGUCAUCACAUCGGACCAGCCCAUCUUGCUGCGACUCAGUGACAGCCCAUCGGUGAAGAAAGAGGGUGAGCCGCGGAGGUUGAAUUCUGGUGCCUCGUCUCACCCGCCUGCAGAAGUGGACCCUGACACCAUCCUGAAGGCUCUCUUCAAGUCUUCAGGGGCCUCGGUCUCCGUGCAGCCCACGGAAUUUAAGAUUAAACUUUGAAAAGGGAAAUCUGGGCCACCGGAAGGCCGGAGAGGAGGGAUGUGCCGGCCGCCCGCCAGCCCCUGCGCUCUCUCAGACACAGGCCUGUGGCGGCCUCGGGCAGUGGCCUGUAGGCCGCCACAUGGGCAGAGUCCACAGGAGCCCACGCCUUUCUCAUGGGACCGCGCUGGCACUGGCCGGCUGUGGGUGGCGCUUUCUUUCUGCACUCACGCCCUUCCCUGUACCAUAGUGUUUUCUUUAGGGUGUGUUUUCCCUUUUUUCCUCUAUUCUUCCCUUCCUCUUAGUUGGGGUUUUUGCUUUGUUUUGUCAAGUCUUUCCCUGUUCUCAUCUCCAGGCCAGAGGAUGCCCUGGGAGCCGACCCUUACUCUUGGCUGUCUGAGAGCCCCCUCCCUCUAGGGAUGAGCCAGGCAGAGGACAGGAGGCUCUUACUCCAGGCCUCAGGCUUGCCCCAUUCCGGCUCCUCUGGGAAAGAGGCUGGUGGGUGGGGCGCCAAGGGACACCGAGCGGGGCUGGAAGGAGCCCCAUCCCAUUCCCACAUCCCUGUGGCUCAGAUGAUCCAGAGCUCAGCCUCAAGGCUGAGAGGGCCCAGGCCUGGGGGUGGGGAUAGGGACUUACGCAGUCCUAUCUUGUAGUCCAGAUGUGGCCUUGCCGUCUCCCUUCCCACUGCUUCCCAACCUCUCCAGAAGCCACACAUGCUGGACCUUCAGGCUAGAGUUGGGUCAUCUGUGGCCUGGACCCAAGCCAGAGAACAUGGCCAACCCCUCCCCAGGUCAGGGGAUGGGAUGUCCUGUUGGCCGCCAUCGUCCCUCCCUGCCCCCCUCUAGCCAACUGUGCUGAGAGCUCCACUUCCUUGGCCUUGAGGAAUGGGGUUGAGGGGAGUGGGCCUUCCAAGAAGAGCCCGGGCCACCUCAAAGCCAGCCAGGCAUCUGAGGCAAGAACCCCCACAGCAGCCCAGCAAAAGGAGGUGGCCACAGACUCAUUUUUCUCUCUGUAGCUUUCAAAUUCCCCAGGGAAAAGAUGGAGAGGGACCCAGUGUUGGGGAGGCCUCAAGGGUUGGCUCAGCAUGGCAGGGGUCAGCCUCACCCCUGGCCGAUGUCUUCCCUUGGGUGUUACAGCGGCAGCGUUCCUUCCUCUCUCCCUCUCCAAACCGAAAGACCUGCUUCCCAGGAAGGGGCCGGGCUUUGGUUUGAAUCAGGAAGCCUGGGACGGAGGAGGCUGGUGGCCUCGGUCUCAGCUUCAUCUCUGUCCCGUUUUGGUCACCAUCUGUGUCUCAUUUUGUUUGGAGGGAGAGGGAGGGGCAUUGAGUCAGAAAAGACUAUGUAUUCACCUGUUUCUGAAUAAACGUUUGUUAUAUCUAGA